AUGCGGGGCGUGAGACGCGGUCGGUCACCCAGUCCCGAAAUCCUGCAGACGCAGACCAUCCCCCCCUUUGGACCAUCGGGGGUCAUCACGGUCCACCACGGCACCUGUACAAGCCUGUACACACAGGACCUGCUGGAUGGAUGCAAGCGGGAGGAAGCAACAACACUUUGCAUACAUAAAAUGGCGGCACUCCAUACCACAAAGCCUCAUGCAGACAAUGCUGCCUCGCAGACCAGAGCAGCAGGCAGCUAA